CGGCCUUUCCAUCCCCUGCUCCUCUUCGCCAUCAACGAGCCUUCCUCUCCUACAAUCUACCUUUGUUUUGUACACUAGAUUUUCUUCUUCCUGUGUUCAUUACACUCUUUGCGGACCUCGAUCCACCGUUUGCGUUGACCUGCGGCUUUUGCCCCUUCUUGCCAGACAGGUCAACAGAUCCCGCAUCGUCCACCAUUUCAUCCUGUCUGCGCCUACGCAAUAGUACACAACGACCAUGGUGGGCUUGGUUUCCGCAGCUGGCUUGGUCGGCUUCCUGUCCGAGCCAGAUCCGGAGCUCAAAAGCUUUGCUCUAAAGCAGCUGGAUGGCCAGGUCGAUUUGUUAUGGACGGAAAUUGCCAAUUCUGUCGGCGAGAUAGAGGCUCUGUAUGAAGAUGAUACCUUCCCGGACCGCGAACUCGCUGCAAUCGUCGCAUCCAAAGUAUACUACCACCUGCAAGAAUAUAAUGAAAGCAUGGCUUUUGCAUUAGGAGCUGGAAAAUAUUUCAGGUUGGACAAUGCAGGAGAAUACGAAGACACAAUCAUCUCAAAAUGUGUUGAUACCUUCAUCGCUUUGUCCGCCAGCCGAGAUCCUACUUUGGCCGCCGCCACUGCCGGAUCGCAGCCUCAGCUUGACACAGCUUUUGGACAGGGAGGGGAUGGUGCCGCCAGCAUGUCCGCCAGCCUGACUUCUCCGGUUACGCCUUUCACUCAAUCUGUCCUGCCGUCGAAGUCACUCCUCUCAAGACAAAAUACAGCUGCCUUUGAUCCUACGCAAGCUGGUGCCGAAGCUGGCCAAGUUGGCACUCCGGAAGCAAUCAUUCAACAGCGCGGUCUCCAAAAAGCCUUGACCCGUGUCGUCGAGUCCCUCUUCGAGAAGUGUUUCCAGGAAAGACGAUAUCGACAAGUGGUGGGCAUUGCUCUUGAAGCACGAAACCUUGACAUUCUGCGACGGGUCAUCAAGCGAGCUGCAGAGGACGAGCGAAAAGAGAAUGGCGAAGCUACAAAGAGAGGCGAAGAGUUGAUGGAUUACGUUCUCGAGAUCUGCAUGAGCGUCGUCCAAGAGCGAGGACUGCGGAAUGAAAUCUUGAAACUGAUUUUGGAACUGCUGAAUGAGAUCCCCUCACCAGAUUACUUUGCCAUUGCGAAAUGCGUAGUCUACCUCGAUCAGCAUUCAAUGGCCUCCAACAUUCUACGACAACUGGUCGAAAAGGGUGAUGCUCGAUCAUUAGCAGUCGCAUAUCAGAUUUCUUUCGACCUAUACGACAACAGUACUCAAGAAUUCCUCCAGAAGGUCCGGGAAGAGCUUUCCGAGAUGGUACCAAAAGAGGAGCCUUCGUCUGGACCUGAUGCGCAGAACACUGACAAAAUGGAAGAAGACAAGGCGGAAGAUCAACUACAACAAGAAUUGCAGGAUUCCGCAGGUGCACCUGCACCUUCGAAGCCUUCCAAAUUGUCGAAGCCAGAACAACAAGAUUCAGUCAAGAAGAUCAAGGACAUUCUUGACGGUCUUACAUCAAUACACUUGAACAUAGAGUUCCUUCACAAAGCCAACCGGGUCGAUUACUCCAUAUUAACAAAAGUCAAGGACAGCUUGGAGGCGCGGUACUCAAUAUACCAUACGGCUGUCACUCUAAGUGCCGGUUUCAUGCAUGCCAAAACAGCCACGGACAGCUUCUUCAGACAGAAUUUGGAGUGGUUAGGCAAAGCUGUCAACUGGUCGAAAUUUACCGCUACUGCUGUCUUCGGGGUCAUCCAUCAAGGCAAUAUCAACCAAGUCCAGAGACUACUCAGUCCAUACCUGCCGAAAGCCGGUGGUGUCAGCGGUUCCCAUGAUUCCCCAUACAGCCAGGGUGGUUCACUCUAUGCUUACGGCUUGCUGUGUGCCAACCACAAGGGCAAAGCUGUUGACUUCCUCAGGGAGAAGUUCAAGGAAGCCACAGAGGAAGUCGUGCAGCACGGUGGUGCCCUCGGCCUUGGUGUUGCUGGAAUGGCAUCUGGCGAUGAGUCCGUCUUCGAGGAUCUGAGAAACGUGCUCUGGGCCGAUUCUGCUAUCAAUGGUGAAGCCGUCGGCCUAGCAAUGGGUCUUGUCAUGCUCGGUUCUGGCAACACCAAGGUCUUGUCCGAUAUGAUCCAGCAUGCUCACGAUACUCAGCAUGACAAGAUCGUUCGAGGUCUCGCCGUUGGCAUGGCUUUGAUCAUGUAUGGCCGCCAAGAAGGCGCAGAUGAGCUCAUCCACGGUCUUCUCAACGACACCGAUCCUACCAUGAGAUAUGGUGGUAUCUUGACCAUCGCCAUGGCGUACGUCGGAACUGGCAGCAACAAAGCUGUACGGAAAUUGCUGCACGUCGCUGUCAGUGAUGUCAGCGACGAUGUGCGACGUAUCGCUGUCCUGAGCUUGGGUUUCAUCCUCUUCCGGAAAUACAACAGCGUGCCCAGAAUGGUCGAACUUCUUGCCGAGUCCUACAACCCUCAUGUCCGGUACGGAGCUGCCAUGGCUCUGGGUAUCUCUUGUGCUGGGACUGGCCUGGCCGAAGCGAUCGACCUGUUGGAACCUAUGCUUAAGGACCCCACUGACUUUGUGCGCCAAGGUGCCUUGAUUGCUCUGGCUAUGGUUCUGGUACAGCAAAACGAAGCCAUGAACCCCAAGGUCGGCUUAAUCCGUAAGCAAAUGCUCAAGAUCAUAGGCGACCGGCAUGAGGAUGCCAUGUGCAAAUUUGGCUGUGCUAUGGCACUGGGUAUCAUUGAUGCUGGCGGCCGAAAUUGCACAAUCAGCUUGCAGACACAGACUGGUAACCUGAACAUGUUGGGAAUUGUUGGCGCAGUGGUCUUCACGCAGUACUGGUACUGGUUUCCUCUUGCGCACUUCUUGUCAUUGUCAUUGGCACCCACUGCCGUCAUUGCCAUUGACCAGAAAUUGGAGGCGCCUGUCUUCAAGUUCCAUUGCAACACUCGACCAAGUCUGUUUGAUUAUCCUCCUGAGCAAGUAACCAAGACGGACGAAGCUCCUGAGAAGGUCAAGACUGCCGUUCUGAGUACCACUGCUCAUGCGAAGAGACGGGCCGCCAAGAAGGAGAAGCAGCAGAGACGGGAUAGCAUGGACGUCGACACAGUAACUCCUGUCACGCCCAAGAUCGAUAAGAGUGACAAGAGGGAAACCGACGAGUCGGCUGCCAAAGAGGAGGAGGGCAAGAAGGAAGAGGGAGAAAAGAAAGAAGGAGAAGCACCUGAAGUCAAGAAAAAGGGUGAAAAGGAGAAAGUUGGGUAUGACAUGCCCAAUAUGUCGAGGGUCCUGCCAGCGCAGUUGAAGUACUUGACAUUCCCAGAUCAUCGGUACCAGCUCGUCAAGAAGCCGACUGGCGGUGUAAUGGUGGUGCUGGACACCGAGCCGGACAAGGAGCGCGAGACAAUCCCUCUUCUCGUCAGCAAAGUUGAAGCUUCCGCUGUAGCUCCUGCCGGUCAAGCCGUCGGUGGCGCCACACAGCCAGCUCCAGAAACCCCUGCACGACAAAUUACUGGAAGUGGUGCGGCGGCAGCAGCUGGUGUACUGACGGCGAUUGACGAGGAUGAAGAAGGAGCGGAGGAGGCGCCUUGUCCAGCGGAGUUUGAUUACGAGACCGAUUCGGAAGAGCAAGGCGAGUGAAGUAAUUAUGGCUUUGCUCAUCCUGGGCCUGUGUAGCGUCAUUCCUCUCUCCCUCUCUCCCAGAGGAAAGUCGGCCAAGGAUAACAGGGAAGGUCUGCAUGACAAGAGCAGACGCAACUGCAGAGGUUGCUCUGACUUGUAUUAAAACACCUCGGUACUUAUUCUAGUAUUGCAUUGUCUUCGGCUAGGAGAUCAAUCAUCUUGCUACUUCAAC